CAGUGAACUCGACCUCAGACUGGUAUGUUACUCAAUCAUUAUCUAUACUAUGUGUUACGUACGGAUGCAUCAUACGGCCAGCGAUAGGUUAGUGUGUGCUUCGCUCUGUAAUAACACAUGUACACGCUCCGAGGAUACCAUUUGAAUGAAAUCAAAAUCGUACCGACAAUGACGGUGUCGAAUUCUUUUUGAACGUAUGCAAAAGUGCGUCUGAUUUGCCGUUAAUAAAAAAAAAAAACGAACUCGGUUUGGUUUAAACGAACAACAUGAAUUUGAUACGACCAAAAUGGGUCGAAAGAGUCACCGUGGAACCAAUGUUAUUCCUAUACUUCAUAACGUUGGCUAUAUCGGCUUUGGUGGGAACGAAUUUGAUAUUGAGAAAAGGCUGUGACGAAACGGCUACUGUCCAGCCAGCCGAUCUGAGAGAGAAAUGUCUCAACGAAGCCUACGCUCAAGCGUUGGUGACCAAAAUUCAAACGUGGAAACUCACCAUACAGUAUGCCGUGCCAUUGAUCUUCAUACUGUUUGCCGGUCCUUGGAGCGACACGCACGGCCGGCGAAGGAGACCAUUGAUGUUCAUACCCAUAGCCGGGCAACUGUUGACCGACAUGUUCAACGUGCUCAACGUUUACUAUUGGUAUUGGCCGCCGGCAGUGGCUGCAAUUUUCGAGUGUUUAAUACCUGCCCUGACGGGAUCCAGGAUCUGUUGUGUGGUCGGGGUAGCCUCGUACGUUGCCGACAACACCAAAGUGGAAGACCGCACCAAGCGAAUCGGCAUACUCAUGUCGUUGUACUUCAUCGCCACCCCUAUUGGCGCUUGUGCCGCUGGCUUUUUGAAUCUCAAUAUCGGAUUUUACGGCACGUUCCUGGCGUGUAUAAUGCUAAACUGCAUAUCGCUAGCGUUAGGAGUGCUUAUGAUCAAAGACACAUCCGUCCCCUACGAAAAAGCGUCCAUCUGGCAAACGAUCAAUCCAAAAGUCGUCACGGACUCGAUGAAAAUACUAAUAAAAAAAAGACCUAGACGAUCACUGUUGAUAUACAUGACAAUCGUGUCGCCUCUCACCGUUGGACCCAUGCAAGGUGAAUACUCAAUACUGUAUCUCUUUGUGAGAUAUAAGUUCGGAUGGAACGAAAUCGAUUACAGCCUUUAUGCUGCAUACAAAAUGACUGGGAUUUUAAUAGGAACUGUUAUAGCAAUAUGGUUAAUGAGUGUAAAACUAAAAAUGCAUGAUGCUGCUAUUGGAUUUAUUGGAAGCAGUUUUGACUUGGUUGCCGCUAUAUGUUACAGCUUUGUCACUAAACCCUGGCAGCUUUAUGCAGUUCCACUCAUAGACGUUUUUCACGGCGCAGCGUUUACCGUCAGCUCGUCGAUGGCUUCAAAACUUGUCGACAACACAGAACUGGCUCAACUGAAUUCUGUGCGUGGAAUGUUGGAAACCUUAGCGCCUAUAAUAGUAUACCCAUUGUACAAUCAAGUAUACAAGUUGACUUUUGAAACACUACCGGGCGCAUUUUUCCUAAUAACUGCUGCGAUUACCGUUCCUGUUGUUAUACUAUUCGGGUUAACGUACAAAGCUGACAUGCAAGGUUCUAUAUUCAAAAAUAAUAACAAUGAAGUUGAAAAUCAGAAAAAGGACGAGAACAUGGACGCUUGUAACAAUAUAAUUAAAGAUGAACAUUAUAAAGCUACUAUGAACACCGCUUGACAAUGUUAUUAUUUUACUAUGUCAUGUUGCUAAAUUUAAAAAAACAACAAGAAUGUUUAAUAUUGUUAAUUGUUAUGUAUGUAUGUAUGUAUGUAUAAAGAAAUAUCACUUUUUAUGGUUACAGUGAUAUUUCAAAUUGUGAUAUAAAACUGUACAGAUUUAUUUUAUAAA